GUUGUGAYGUUGAUUCAGAAAACGGAAGUGUAAUUUGUUUUGAUCGGUGCAUGGUCAGAACGUGAAUGACAGUCUGGUGAAGAUGUUUCGUCGUGUGCUAGGGAAGACCUUGGGCUUUGUSGGUUACACAAUCCAGUAUGGCUGCAUUGCACACUGUGCCUUUGAAUACAUUGGAGAGUUUGUGGUGUGUUCUGGCCCAUCCAUGGAGCCCACCAUUGUAAACCAUGAUGUUGUCUUCUCUGAACGCAUGAGUCGUCAUCUUUGUAAAAUACAAAAGGGUGACAUUGUAAUUGCAAAAAGUCCAUUUGAUCCAAAUGUGAACAUCUGUAAAAGAGUAAUAGGGCURGAAGGUGACAAGAUCUGCACAAGUUCCCCAUCAAAUUUGUUCAAAACCCACAAAUAUACUAUAGGCAGACACUUGGAUAAGGUUAUCGAAACACAGCACAAGGCCAAGUCUGCAAGUGCCAUUCAUCAAAUGAAAGUCCCAAAAGGCCAUGUAUGGCUAGAAGGCGAUAACCUUAAGAAUUCCACUGACUCAAGGAGCUAUGGUCCAAUYCCCUAUGCCCUCAUUCGAGGGCGUGUUUGCUUAAAGCUCUGGCCACCACAUACUUUCGGUACCUUGAGUGAGAGCCCAACCCAACGCAUUAAUAAACCUCCAAGUAACUCAGACUCAGACUGAUGCAUCCCAAUUUUUUAUAAUGUAUCUUGUUUCAAUUCAUUUUUGAAUAAAAUUGCUUUUUUAUUCAA